AUGGCUGGCAAGCCUACUAACAUGACUCCCGAGACCGAACAAGAUCCGGAUGACAUUCUCGCCGAGCUGGAGGCAGAGGACGAUGCCUCCUAUCGGGCUCAGAGGCUUGAGGAAUUGAAAUCAGAAGCUAAGGAACUCCAGCCUCCCUCAACUACUUCGGGUCAAGCAACUUUCAAGACCCUAGGGGGUGACGAUGAGUGUCUACAGUUUACGACGGAGCAUGAGCGAGCGGUGGUCCAUUUCUUCCAUCCAGAUUUUGCGAGAUGCAGUGUGAUGGAUGGACACUGCCAGGAGAUCGCGAAAAAGCACGGCGAAUUUGGCGAUGCAGAUGUGGCGUUCGGCAGAAUUGAUGUGCGGAAUGCGCCUUUUGUGGUUGAGAAGUUGAACAUCAGGGUAUUGCCAGCCGUCCUCGGCUUCGUCAAGGGCAUUAUUAAGGGUCGGGUGACAGGAUUUGAAGGGAUCACUUGGGGAGGUAGUGAGGAGGGUACUGCAGUCACGUCGAUCCUGGAAGGAAAGCUUGCCGAUUGGACGGUGCUCAAGAGAAGGCUUCUGGAGGAGGUCGAUGAGGAGGAAGAACCGGAGAAGCCAGAUAAGUCGGAAUAUCAGAGACGAGGCAUCAAAGGCCGAAAGCAGGAGGUGGCUGACGAAGACGACGACUGGGACUGA